UUUUCUUUCAAUAAAUGGGUUUCUUUUUUACAUGUGUAGUUUCUUUUUCUUUAGAAAGUCACACCUAGUAUAAGGAUAUGGGUACGGGGCUAAACCAAUCAACAGCCUUGAAUUGAAAGCACUGGAAAAUUUUCUAAUACAACAGCAUUGAUUUCCUGUUACAAAGAAAUGGAUGAUAAAUGCGAAACGGCAAUUACAACAACAGGAUGGGGUCUGUGUAAUUAUUUUCUCAUUGUCCUAUGUGGAAUGUGCACUUUGGCAGAGGCUGGUGCAUCCCUUACGGUUCCCAUAAUCGUACCAUUAUUGACAUGUGAUCUGAAACUCAACAAGAACACUGACUUGACGCUAAACGCAAUGUUAUUAAUCGGCAUGGCUGCAGGAGGUUUUGUUUUUGGAACAUUAUCAGACAUGAAUGGUCGUAAAGGUUCAAUUCCAGUCACUAUGGUUGUAAUAUUCUGUGCAUCCGUAGGACUUUCAUUUGCCCAAACAUAUUUCUUUAUAAAUCUUUCCAUAUUUAUACUUGGCGUAGGAGUGGCAGGAAGCAAUGCAGUGUUAAGAGUUUACUUAAUAGAGUGUCUACCUGCAAAAAGAAGAGGAUCUUCCUUAGUCAUUAUUGAUCUUUUAUGGAUAAUUGGCUAUAUGUCAGCAUUGGGUAUAUCUUGGUCUCUUGUACCUUCUGUAGUUCGUAUGCUUGGCAAUGAAUUUAGACCAAGUUCCUGGAGAGUCCUGGCAGGAUUAGGUGGGGCACCAGCUCUAAUAAUGGCAUGUGCAUCAAGUUUAUUACCGCCAAGUCCUCGGUAUCUACUUUAUCGUCGGCAUCCUGAACAAGCGCUUGCAGUUCUUCAGCAAAUAUAUGCAGUUAAUUAUUCGAGGCACGGCAAUAAUUAUCCGCCAUGUGAAUUGGAUGGUUGUAUAGAAACUGAAGAAGAGUCCGAAGAGCAUUCAAGAACUAUGUUAAAUAAUUUCCACAGAUAUUUCAUAGUGACUAUAAAAAGAAUUAUGAAAAUUUUUAAACAGCCUCUCAGACGCAUUACGCUAUUGGGACUUUUAACUUCCCUGUUAUUGUUUCCUGGGUUCACAUGGCUUGCAUUAUGGGACUCUCACGUUUUGCAAGAAACUUCAAAAGGUCUGGAAAUGAAUCCGUUAAAGGACGAUACGUCCUGCGUAGCAGAUUCUGGAAUUUUGGCUUCAGGAUUUCUGAAAAAUUGUCACCAAGUCAAUGACGCUCGAUUCAAAUAUUUUUUACUUAUGUCACUGAGCUACAUACUCGGUGAAAUAUUUCUCGUGCUUGGAAUUGAUAUAGUUGGAAGAAAAUUACUAACAAUAUCAUCUGGUCUAAUCGGCGGUACAGCAUUGCUUACAUUUGUAUUUGCAUCACGUUACGUCACACGUGUCGUACUAUCAAUAUUCAUCUUAGCUUCAUACGCAAUUAACUAUACGUCAAUAAAUAUAGCAAUUUUGGAAAAUUAUCCAACGUCUGUAAGAUGUACUGUCAUAGGUGUGAUGAGAAUACUUCCACACGUGGCAGGCUUUUUUAUGAGACUCUACAUGAAGAUGUCAUGUCUAUCAACAAUUUAUAUUAUGUCCGGUCUUAUAAUAGGUGCAACAAUAACAGCAAUACCAAUUCCGGAUUUGACGAAGUUACCUAUGCAAGAAUAAUUUAAAUGAUAAGCAGGAUGAAAAAUGUUAUAAUUUUUUGAAAUUCUUAAAUAAAAAAUUAUCUGCUUGAAA